CCCCAAUUUGAUUGCCUGCUUUCACCUCUCAAGACAAUCUGUUGUCUGGUCACCGCAUACUCCAGCUUCCACACCAGAUUCCUCUCAGCAGUCAGCUCAUCCAGCCAAAGCCUACUAUCAGCCAUGGCUGCCUUCGCUGUCUGCUCUGCCUCCGUGGUGGCUCCCACCAGCCUCUUGGCUAACAAGAGCACUGUGUCCAGCAAGGUGGUUGCUGCCCCCAUGCUCGUCAGCAACAAGAGCCGCGUUGUGAUGAGCGCGGAGAAGAAGCAGAACAUCGCCCUCCCCGCCACCGCUGCUCUGAUCGCUGCUGCCAUCCUCCCCGAGAUUGCUGAGGCUGCCCAGCCCGGCGUGUCCCCCUCCCUGCAGAACCUGAUCAACAGCGUGAUUGCUGGCGGUGUUGUCCUGGGAGGCAUUGGCGCAGUUGUUGCUGGCGUGUCAAGCUUUGACCCCGUCAAGAGAAAGUAAAUGGUGGAUGCCCCGUUUUGUUAAAUUUUGUGAAACUAUAGUACAUUGUGCAGACUACCGUCCCUGCUUUCGGCUCUAAACAUAUUUAACAGCAACAUUUCUGCCUGAGGUGCUCGGAUGAUCAGCCCUGUUUUUUACCGUCCUUCACCGUCUCUAAGGCGUGGUUUUGGAUUUUAUGUUUAACGAGGAAAUAAAUAACGAGGAAAGCG